AUGAGCACAAAGACACUGACUUGGCAGCGGACUGCUAAGUCCUCCUUGCUGAAGAAGCAAAAUGUCCCUCUCUCUCACAACCAGCCGUUCUCGCGCUCCUUCUCGUCCUCCGCCGACCGUCGAGUCAACCACCGCGCCGAAUUUUCCAGCAGCAGCUCCAGCUACGAUCGGUUGGGCCGUCGGGCCAAGGAAAAGUUGUUGGAUCGGGAAUUCUUUCUCAGUCUGCUGAGCUCUGCCUCCACCAAGCGAGAGGCCAAAUCCUACCUCGCUCGGCUCAAGGCUAACGAGCCAAAUCCCAAAUCCGCAACCCCAGAACCACAAGCGACCGCAGGUCAAUCAUUACCGCUGGGCGUCAAUUUGGGAUCCUUCUACGGCGCCUCGAGAUCAGUUUACGAUAGCCCAGUAUUCCGGCAGGAUUCGACUCCCACACCUCACGCGCCAGAGCUAUCGGAGAGACUACACUCGGCAUUGAUUAAAAUCACCACGCCGCAACUGCUUGAUAAGUCUGUUCUAGAUGGCGUGGCAAAAACAUUGGCGCAGCUUAACCGCUUGGGUAUGGCCUGUUGUGUUUUGGUCGAUCCCGGGGUAAAAGGCCAUGACAAUGUGUUGCGCAAAAUCGCCAUAGAACAAGCGGAUCGCAUUUCCACUGCUGUGGAUGCGCAGCCGGACUCUAAAUCCGUCCGUCUCGACUCCGUCUUGUCGAUUCCCCCUGCAAGCCCCGGUCUGCCGAGAGUGUUAUCGCGAAAAGCACUUUUGAACCCACUGCGAGACGGACAGACCGUCAUUAUCGCCCCGAUUGCCUAUACAGAGGAUGUGCCAAAAGCAGUCUUUGUUUCUGCGGAUGAUGCUUUCCUAGCACUUACCAAAGAGCUUGCUGGUCUGGCAAUGGUUCCCCACCCGGAUGAAGACCCGCUACAGACGGCCGAGAAGAUCAGUAAUUUACAGAAGGAGGUGUCCUUGGACCGAGUAAUUCUGCUGGAUCCUCUGGGUGGUAUCCCGUCUUUUAGUGGCCCGCAGUCAUCCCAUGUUUUUAUCAACAUGGAGCAGGAAUAUGGUGACAUUGAAGCUCAGCUGCGUCGGCUACAGUCGUCCGCAGGAGUUGAAAAACCGUCUGUUUCCGCUCCUGGUGUCAACUCAACGAUCUCCACUUCCCCUAGUCAAGCAGGAUUGGACUCGGAGAAAAGCGUUCUCGAUGGGCAUCUGGGUAACCUUCAACUUUCCCAGCAAGCGCUGGCCAUGUUACCAGCCGCUUCGUCGGGUAUAAUCACCUCGCCAUUGGAGGUUUCCAACUCAGCCAACACACCUCACCCUGCCGCACCAGACGUAUCUGCCGUGGGAACUAGGCGACAGAGGAACCCACUCAUCCACAAUCUACUUACCGACAAACCUCUACUUUCUUCAUCUCUACCUUUGAGUAGGCGAGUUACCAAAAAUGGCGGCUCAAACACCGUCAGUACACCCACUUCCCACACAACCUUUGUGAAACGCGGCAUGCCUCUUACCGUCUUGCCUGAUCCACGUGUGGAGAUGUGGACACCCCAACAUCGGCCGCGGUUAAAGUUGGACGACCCAUCUAUCGACUUACCCCGCCUCGUCCACUUGAUUGAAGACUCUUUCAACCGGAAACUUGACGUCCAGGAUUAUCUCAACCGAGUCAACGACCGACUUGCUGGAUUAAUUAUUGCGGGAGAAUACGAAGGCGGUGCGAUCUUAACCUGGGAACUGCCCCCUGGCGUCAAAGACGAUGGUAGUGAAGAGAGCCUUUCACGAAUGGUGCCUUACCUGGACAAGUUCGCUGUCCUCAAGCGCAGCCAGGGCGCGGGUGGUGUAGCUGAUAUCGUAUUCAAUGCUAUGGUGCGAACGUGCUUCCCCGAAGGAGUGUGUUGGCGCAGUCGCAAGGACAACCCAGUUAAUAAGUGGUACUUUGAACGGUCUCGGGGAACGUGGAAGCUGUCAGACAACAAUUGGACUAUGUUUUGGACCACGCCGAACCUGCCGAGUGAUUCCCAGAAGUUUGAGGAUUAUGAGGCUGUGUGUCGAGCCAUUCAGCCUAGUUGGGCGGACAACACAGGGGUGAUUGAUUAG